CACUGCUAACGUUCCCUACUUUCAUUUCAUUAGUACAUAUUAUGUGUGCGAUGAGCUCUUCCUCAAGCACAGCCAUUUCCACUGGAACCAGCAGGACAAAAAUACUCUUUCUAGGUAUGAGAAGGAGUGGAAAGACCUCCAUACUCCAAGUCCUCUUCGAUGAUCUUCCAGUCAAACAGACUUUUUACCUCGAGCCUACCAUGCGCGUCGCAAAGCAUUUCAUCGACACCGUCAUCCCGUUAGAGAUAUGGGACUGUCCAGGAAACGUCACCGUCGACACACUCGGCGCAUCUCUCGCCGAUUUCUCAACUAUAGUUUUUGUAAUAGAUAUCCGAGAUCUCUACCAACAUCCCGUCUCAAAGCUCGUAGAGUUUAUUGUCGCUGCAUGUCAAAUCAACCCAGAUAUAAAUUUGGAAGUGUUUGUGCACAAAGCGGAAAGACUUCAGGAGGACGACAAGAUCGAAAACUUCCGCCAGAUACACGAACGCGUUAUGGACCGCCUCGUAGACGAAUCUCCCGAAUUUGAGCAAUUCCCUCUCAAUUUCCAUCUCACCUCCAUAUACGACCAUUCUCUUCGAGAGGCGUUCUCUCGUGUGCUUCAUAAACUGAUUGAUUCCCUACCAUAUCUCGAAGAACUAUUAAAUGUCUUUUGCUCUAACACAGCGUCCCCAAAAGCUUUCCUAUUCGACACAUCCAGUAAAAUCCACGUUGCAACAGAUACCUCACCCGUUGACCAAGCCACGCACAAUCUCUGCUGCGACUACCUAUCCAUGCUCAACUCUUUCGGACCUCUCUACAAGUCCAACGCUAAUGACCCACGGACGAGUCGGUUUUCCCCAACACCAGCACCAACGCCCCCACCUACAGCCACGACAGCAACUCCCACCUCCGGCACCAGUCCUGUCGGAACGCCGCCACUCACCAGCUCAUCGACAUCCCCCGUUCCACCCUCAAAGCCUCACUUCUACCCCUCAGCAGCGACGUCGCUCUCACCUUCACGCCCAGGAACUACGCUCACGUACCACCUCGUCACGCCGCACCUCGCAUUGCUGGCACUCCUUCCGACGACGGUGUAUGAUAUGCGCAGGGGUUUGGUGGAGUGGAAUGUCGUGUGGUUCAGGGAGGGCGUUAGGGAAAUAUGGGUAUCUGGGCUGCGCGGGGGUUUGGAGGAUACUGGAUAAUUCACUUAGCCGUUGUUCGACUUGGGAAGGGGUAGACACAUCAGCAAGAGUUUCAUGCAUCAUAUGAUUCAGGAACUGGGAGAAAGACGGUCUUGAACUUUGGGUGCCAAAAAGUAGGACGUGUGUCGCCAGAGCCAGAGCCAUCGGCUGGUGUAUGCAGGGUGCCGAUUGCUUUGGAAGAUAGGUAAAUGCCAUGCCGUGUCCAUGCACUUGUACUUCUCACUCAAGAGAGCAGAUUUCAUCUGUUCUGGUGCCAGUUGGCUAUGACUACUUAAGAUAGACCCAUCCACGAUUGAAUGUUCAAGACAUGGUAAAAGGCAAAUGAUGAGCAGGUUUUGAACCCACAACAUUUUUAUCUUGUCACACUUACUACUAGUUUAGAAGUCAAAGAAUAUCAUGCAUUGACAGUAGAAUCA